UUGUCUCGGACUUCGGAUCGGGAUCGGUGGUAGAUCGCCGCUGUAUACGUCGACGAGUUCUUACGAUGUAUACGUUACGUGUACAGCUAUACGGAUAAAUGUUUAAGCGAUCCAGAUCGAUCGGUAGAAAUAAAAAGUUGCUCGGUAUAAAAUCGUCGGGCAAAAAGUGACGAUGCGCGGAUGAAGGUAUAUUACAAAGCACGUGCAUCGCGUACAUUCAUUUACCGUGCAACUUAUUCGUACACGCGAACUUUCCAUGUACAACAAUUUUAUGACUCCCGUAUAAUUUGUUUAAGUUUUUUCAUAGAUGUGUAAUCUUUGCGGGGAAUUUGGAAAAUUACGUCAGACAAAUCUCCUUGUGAAAUUGAAAUGAGGUGUACAUCGAUAUAGCGAGGGGGCACCUGACGUUCGUCGGAUCGGGGGUUGACAAAUGCCGCGUGCGCCCUCGUUACCCCGCGCGACAUGUACAGGGGAUCAAGUAUAGCCGGCGUCCGUAGGCGUGGUUUUGAACGCGCCGACUCGAACUAUCCGCGACGCCUGACGUCGGAGGCGUUGCCGAUGUGGUUUUCGUUCCGUUACCCCCACGUCGGCGCGUUGAAUACCUCCUGUAGCAAGUUCCUGCGACAGCGCACCUGCCAGACUGACUCAGUGAUCGUCCGGUCGCUGGUAUCGUUAUCUACCAGGUCGCGAACGCGUUUCAAAACGCGUCAGUUCGCAACCCCCCUCGCGGUUAUUAUGAUCCGCGUGCAGAAGAAUAUCAUUACACAGCAGCUCGUUCGGCGGCUGCAGAUGUUCCAGAAGAAGACGCGUUGAACGCGCCGGAAGGAUAGAAAAAAAAAAAAAAAAAAGAACGAAAUUUUUCAGAGUUCUUUAUAACCGGAGAUGAAAUUUUCCUUUGGGAAGAUGAUCCACGAUUCGAUUGUUUCGUAGUGGUAGACGAGAUCGUAAUAAAGUAAUCGUGCGGUAGGAGGAAAUUAUCAAUUCAACUUUCCGCAGACAGCAGAAACAUAGUUGAAAAAAAUAAUGUUGGUACCGCAGGACAUGAUGGCUGCUCAAUCGAAAAUGCUUUAUCAAAUCAACAAGUACUACGGUGAACGGGUUCAGGGACGAAUGGGUCAGAUCCAGAAGACGAUCCGCGAGGUUUGCAAGGUGGUGCAGGACGUUCUGAAGGAAGUCGAGGUACAGGAACCACGGUUCAUAUCCUCGCUCACCGAAUGCAACGGUCGUUACGAAGGACUGGAGGUCAUAUCGCCCGGAGAAUUCGAGGUCGUUCUCUACCUGAAUCAGAUGGGAGUCUUCAACUUCGUCGACGACGGGACUCUCCCCGGAUGCGCCGUCCUCAAGUUGAGCGACGGUCGCAAGAGGUCGAUGUCUCUGUGGGUCGAGUUCAUCACGGCUUCCGGCUACCUAUCGGCGAGGAAGAUCCGCUCCCGUUUUCAAACUCUGGUCGCCCAGGCGUGCGACAAAUGCGCGUACAGGGACUCGGUGAAGAUGAUCGCGGACACGACGGAGGUGAAACUUCGGAUCAGGGAGAGAUACGUCGUGCAAAUAACACCGGCGUUCAAGUGUUCGGGUGUCUGGCCAAGGUCCGCGGCGCACUGGCCGAUACCUCAGAUUCCAUGGCCCCAUCCCACCCACGUGGCCGAAGUUAAGACCGAGGGAUUCGAUCUCCUGUCGAAGGAGAGCGUCGCGAUGCAGGGGAAACAAUCAGCCAUGGAAGGCGACGCUUGGGUCCUUUCUUUCACGGAGGCGGAAACCAGACUGCUUCAGGGUGGAUGCCGACGGCGUUGUCUGAGCAUUUUGAAAACGUUGCGCGACCGUCACCUAGAUCUACCCGGGAAUCCUGUCACCAGUUAUCACAUGAAGACUCUCCUUUUGUACGAGUGCGAAAAACACCCUCACGAGGCCGAGUGGGACGAGGGAUGCCUCGGGGAUCGAAUCAACGGGAUAUUUCUUCAGCUCAUAUCGUGCUUGCAGUGCAGAAGAUGUCCCCACUAUUUUUUACCAAAUUUAGAUCUCUUCAAGGGCAAAUCACCGAGUGGUUUGGAAAACGCUGCUAAACAAGUCUGGAGACUGACCAGAGAACUUUUGACGAAUAGUCGCGCGCUGGAAAAACUUUAGUAUACGAUACAGAGAUUGACACUUGAACAAUCGUGCGACGCACGAUUUCAACCGCUUCACUAAAUUUUCACAUUCGUACACGAAUUGUAUAUCUAAUAAAUGCUUGACGAGAUAUUUCGCUCGUACAUGUAACAUCACGCUCUACGGCAAUUCACACGUUUCAGAUUUACGAUUUUCUUCCUAUCGAUGUAUAAACAGCUCGUAUACCUAAUUCACCGUGCAAUGCUAUAGAAUUUACCACGUGAAUGACUAUAGUUCCAUGAAUAUCGAUAUACCUAUUAUAAUAUAUAUAAAGCGCAAUGUGAUUUGUUGAUGAUUAUAUUUUAUUAUUGGAUAUACGUAGAAAUGUAUAUCAUUAUAUAUUUGAAGCUUAUAUAUACACGCAUAGAAUUGUUGAUUGUAAAUAAUUUUUCCUAUACAGCAAUAUUACUUGAAAAAAAUCUGUUAACGAUUACCCGUAUGUUAAGAAAGAAAAAAUAUUACGUUGAAAACGAGAAAUGUAAAUACAUAUAUACCUACAUAAAACUAAAAUUUAAUAACA